AUGGACGUAUUGAGUCACAUUCCAUCGUCCCAUGCGUCGCCAUCCAACGCAUCGCCGCCUCUCCCUCUCGCUCUCGCACGGCCGCUGCGCACAUCGUCGUUGGCCUGCCUCGAGUGCCGGCGGCAGCAUCUCCGCUGCGAUGCCGGUCAGCCCGCCUGUCGACGGUGUGUAUCGGCCCGACGGCCGUGUUAUUAUGCGCCGUCUCGUCGUGGGCGGAAACGGCGGCGCGAGGACGGCCACGACGCGGUAGCCGUGACCAUGGCUGCAACAGCGACGACAGAGAGCCAGCCGGUAUUUCCGGGGCUGUUGCAUGUUGACACGAGUAACGUCUUGGUGCCUGAUGACAGCAGUCUCCAAACGGAUAACAUAAGCGACGUCUUCACUCCUGCCGUCCACUACGCGUCCGAGAAUGGGAGCGACGACCACCUGGUGGACCUCUACUACGCCUACUUCCACCGCGCCCACCCCUUUCUCGUGCCUCGUCCACUCUACCAUGCACAACGAUAUCCACGCUACCUCCAGCUGGCCGUCCAGUUUGUCGGCAGCCACUAUGCGUCGACCAAAGAGGCCAGAAGUGCAGGCGCAAGCUCAUGCCAAGGCACCGAAGUCUUGCGCGACCGCGCCACCCAGAUCCUGGCCAUGGCCGACUCGAUGGCCGACUCGAUGGCCGACUCGAUGGCCGACUCGAUGACCGACUCCGCGGCAGAAGUAGAUACCCACCGCAUCGUCGCCAUGGUGCAGGCCCUGACAAUGCUGGCCAUUGCUCUGCAUGCACGGCACGAGCUCGCCGCGUCCGACCGGGCCGUGGCGCGUGCUCUGUAG